UUAACCCAGCGUGUACUGUUGUUAUUCUCACCAUCAUGGCAGCCUUUAAGAAGACUCACACACGUGCCUACAGCAAAUCUGCAUCUAAAGCUACUACAGAUACAACAUACUGGAGGAAAUUAGAAUUCCCCGUGACAGUAAAGGAGUUCACUUCCAUCGACUAUGUAGAUGUGUGUCCUGUUGAGCCAUACUAUAUCGCUGUUACAUCUGGUCCUAAGAUUGAUAUUUACAACAAGCAGACAGCACAGGUGUGGAAAACUUUGUCAAGAUUUCAGCGUUUAGCUUAUGGUGGAAAGUUCAAACAAGAUGGCCAACUUCUUUUGGCUGGCUCAGAAGAAGGUGUUGUCAAACUUUUCAAUUACAGACAAAAGCAGCUCCUUCGAUUAUUUAAAGGGCAUGAGGGUCCCACACACCGUGUUGACUUCAUCCAGGGUUUACCACAUAUUGUUACCUUCUCUGAUGACAAAACUGCCAUUGUUUGGGACAUGAGUGAUGAGAGUAAACUCUGCACCCUCUCUGGACAUACGGAUUUUCUCCGGGCUGGAAUUGCAAGUCCAGCAUCAGAGAACAUGAUCCUAACUGGUUCUUAUGACCACACAGUCAAGCUGUGGGACACACGGACAGCAACCAGCGUCCUUACAGUUGACCAUGGGGCUCCAGUUGAGAGUCUGGUGUGUUUCCCAUCAGGCGGAGUUUUUGUUUCUGCAGGUGGUUGUGAGAUCAAUGUGUGGGAUGCCAUUGCAGGACGAUUAUUAGCCAAAUUGUCUCAGCACCACAAGACUGUCACCUGCCUCUCCUUUGCCACUGACAAGAAGAGACUCAUGUCAGGUUCACUCGACCGCCAUGUGAAAAUUUACGACAUUGACACCUAUUCUGUUGUUCACACACUUGAUUACCCUUCACCAAUUCUCAGCAUGGCAGUUGCUCCGGGAGAUUCUACACUAGUUGUUGGAAUGAUUUCUGCUGGGUCUGGGCUCUUGUCUUUUCAACAUAGACGUAGUCCAGAAACUACUGCUCCUGUGUUAUCCAAGCGUAAAGUUGCAAAUAUCAGGAACACUGUCACUGAUGAAUUUGUGGUGAUGCCCAAUGAUCAGGUUGUUCAUCAUCUAGAGCGAGAAAAAGUUGCAAAAUAUGAUAGAAUGAUGUGCAGAUUUGAAUACAGCCGUGCAUUGGAUGCAGUUUUGACUUCAUACACUGCUCAGAAAACCACGAAUGUAUCUGUUGGCGUCAUGCAGGAGUUGAUAAGACGUAGAGGAAUCAAGACUGCUGUUGCUGGUAGAGAAGUGAAGACCCUAAAGCCUUUACUGUACUUCGUGCUCAAGAAUAUCCGGCAUCCAGCAUAUAAAAAAGUCCUUAUGGAUGUUGCUAAUGUUAUUAUUGAUAUUUAUGGUGAUACGUUAGAUGAAAAUCCUGGUCUUGUGAAACACUUCAUGCAACUGAAGGAGGAGGUUGCUGCCGAGAUGAGAGUGGCCAGGGAACACAUUUCACUGAUGGGUGCUAUUCAGAUGUUCCUUACAGCAUCAAAUCCAGAGCGAGCUCCAGCUAUGACCAGCAUCCAGCAAUUAACAGCAACAUCUACCUUGCACUACAAUGAUGUCCACAAAGCACUCCAACCAUCUUCAUCUGCCAAGUCUGCACCAACUGUUGUUGUAGAUGUUAGCUGAAAGGAAUUAUACAAAUGAACAUCUUUCAGAAGUGUAUUUAUGUAUAGAAUGUGAAAGAAAAGUUGAUUUUUUUAUUGCUUACCAAACAAAGUGGCCUAUUGGGAAUUCUCUCAUCUACUGUACUGUACCAUUUUGGGUGUCUGACACAGGAAGUCUGUACUGUAGGUUAAAUGUGCAGUGUUAAAUUAUCACGGGUUAUAAAUCUUUUGAUGGUACAGUAUUUGUUGUGAAACAUGAAUGUAUGACUUGACUGAACUUAGGACUUCCAUCAUAAUGUAAACAAACAAUGUACAGGAAUCCCUGAUUAUUUGCAUAUUUUGUAUUUGCACCUUCGACUAUUUGUGGGAGGCAAUAUCUUACAUAUGUUUGAAAGUUGUGGGGAGCUACUGUGUCACGAACAAAUGCACAUCAUGCUGCCAACUCCUCUCUUAUAUGGUUAAGUCAGUCUUUGUUUACAGUUAUUUGUGUUUGUUUACUUACAUUCUGCAAUUUGAUUUUUAUAAUUUUCACUGCAAAAUCACCCUCGACAUUAUGGUUUCAAAGCAAAAAACUAGUGAACGUGAAGUGCACGGCAUAAAAGUUAACUCCUUCACUCCAGGGACACCACUUUUUUUAUCUUAUGUAGCUAACACAAGAGGAUUUUAUUCAGCUCAGAGGCGACCCUGUACACAAGGGGAUAAAAUAGAAAAGAAAGUAAAGACAUAAGAGUAAUUAGAGGAACUGAAAGGUGAAACCAGUGGUGCUGUUAUCGGCAGAGAAUAUGGUGUUAACGAGUCAAUCUCUUUGGAGUAACAGUCUGAACACAUAAUACUGUACUAUACUCUACUGUAUAAUAAAAGCUUACACGUAA